AUGAACUCUCAUUUGUAUACAGCGAUUUUCUAUCAUCUAAAAUUUAUGAUGCGUCUCAUAACACGGCUUCUUACUGGAAUGUUUUGGUGGAGAAGAGAGCGCGUGGCGUUUGAAUGUUAUCAGUUUUCUGCAGACUAUCUAGAUGAUGUUUUAGAGGGAUCUAAGUUGGAAGUGGUUUAUAGAGCUUACGAAAUAGUGCGGACCCAACAUAAAAGGAAACUUUAA